UUGGCUCACUCUCCAAAUAUCUGCAGCAGGCAAGGCUGGGCCAGGCAAAGCCAGGAGCCUGGAGCUUCAUCUAGGUCUACCUAUGUGGGUGGCAGGAACCCAGGCACAUUAGCAGGGAGGUGGAUCAAAAGUGGAGCAGCUGGGAUUCAAACCAGCACUCUGAUAGAGGAUGUCCCAAAUAACACCUUAACUUACUGCACCACAGUGCCAGCCCCCAGAUCCCUUAGUCUGUGAACUCAUGAAUGCUCCACCCACAUGACCUAAUCACCUCUGGGGGGGGGGGUCCUACCUGUUAGUGCCUUCCCAUCUGGGUUGAAUUGUUACAGGAGUUGGGUGACGGCAUUCAAAGCAUAGCAUGCAUGCAAGACAAACUAACUUUUGGGUGGGGCCGGGGAGCGGGCUGUUUCUGAGACACUGUCACCUGGGUAAUGCACCCUCUUAGUAAGGUGAUCUCCUAUGGGUCACUGUCAUUCAGUCUCGUGCAUCUCCAGCACCCCCAGGAGUCACAUCCUGCAAAGUCUUCAUCUCCCUGAGUGCCCCAGGUCCUGCCACCACCAGCCCCGCCCACUUGCCAGGUGCUUUUCUGAAUCAUCCCUGGUUCUUAACCAGCUCUGUUCUUGGGUGAGUAGUGUUUUUCCAUUUCCCACUGCUAUGGGGAGGAGUCUUUUCUGAAGAUCAAGUCUGGGAAGUGAAGAAGUGAAGAUUGGCAUUGUAAACGGUGUUAAGGAGUUUGAUGCACGCUCUCAAAUUGCAUGCCCUAACCAUUGUUCCAGCCGACUGGCCCUUGUGCCUCUCACAUCUCACCCAUGUGUCUGUUUCCCUCCGGGUGUUAUAAAUUAAAUGGUUAUUCUCGCCAUACCAUUAUGGUUCUAUUUUAUACACAUUUUACAUUUGUUUUGUUUUCAGUAAGUUGAACUUUUUUCGUGCUUGCUCAUCAUGUUUCAUUGUGUCUAUGCAUGGGUGUGAAAUGCCUUUUAAAAAAAAAAAAGAUGUAUGUAUUUAUUUGAGAUGUGGAGUUACAGUGAGAGAGAGAGAGACAGAGAGAGAGGUAUUCCAUCCACCGGUUCACCACAAAUGGCUGCAACUGCUGGAACUGGGCAGAUCUGAAGCCAGGAGCCAGGAACUUCUUCCAGGUCUCUCACAUGGGUGCAGGGGCCCAAAGAUUUGGGCCAUCCUCCACUCUUUCCCAGGCCACAGCAGAGAGCUGGAUCAUAAGAGGAGCAGCUGGGACUCAGACUGGUGCCCAUAUGCGAUGCUGGCACUGCAGGCGAAGCUUAGCCCACUACGCCACAGUGCUGGCCCCAAAAUGCCAUUUUUAUACUAAAAUGUUUUUCUUUUUCUAUGAGAUGACAGUCUUCCUGUAAUGAUACUAUUUUCCAAAUCUGAUAUCUUUUUAAUUUUAUUUAUAUUUUUGCAAUUUUUUACAUACUCAAAUCUAUUUUUUUCAUACUGCAUAAGAUAAAUAUUUGCCAAUGUUUUCUGUGGUUAUUUUAUUAUCUUGUAAACAUUUGAGCCUUGAAUCCUUUUCAAGCUUCUUACAUUGUGGGAACUAAAGUAAGAAACUUAUUUCUUCCCCACACAGUGCCUCACUUGUUCUAAAACCAUUUAAUGAAUCAUUACUCUCCUCAAAGACCAUGCUUAUUUUGUAACAAACUUUCAUACAGAUUUAUGAGUACUUUCUGGGUUCUCUAUUUGGUUAUGUAUAUUUGCACUUCUAUUCUUUUUAAUUUAUUUUAUUUUUUAUUUUUAUUAUUUUUUAAGAUUUAUUUAUUUAUUUGAAAGGCAGAGUUACAGAGAGGCAGAUGGGGAGAGAGAGAGAGAGAGAGAGAGAGGUCUUCCAUCUGCUUGUUCACUUCCCAGAUGGCUGCAACAGCUGGAGCUAGGCCAAUCUGAAGCCAGGAGCUUCUUCCAGGUCUCCCACGUGGGUGCAGGGGCCCAAGUUGGGCUCAAGGACUUGGGCCAUCUUCUACUGCUUUCUCAGGCCGUAGCAGAGAGCUGGAUUGGAAGUGGGGCAGCUGGCACUCAAAUUGGCCUCCAUAUGGGAUGCCAGCACUGCAGGCGGUGGCUUUACCUGCUAUGCCACAGAGCCAGCCACAGGCUAACAACUUUUAAGUGUCACAGGUUUUAAGGAUUCUGCAGAAACAAAAAAAAAAAAAAAAAAAAAAAAAACAAACCUGUAGUUUAGAAUGCACAGAAGUUUGUGCAUUUUAGUUAAUGUACUUUGUAACCUAAGUUAUUGCAGGAUAAUUCUGUCAUGUAUCCUGUUUGUAUUUGUUGGUGUAGUUCUCAUGACAGACUACACACAUUUUUGUCAAUCUGUACUUUUUUCAAAUAUUGAAAACCUUAUUUUUUAAUUCUUUGCAUUUUUCAAUUACAGAAAAGCACUUCAAGUUUUUUUAUGUGUGAACAUUACAUAUAAAGCCUUUAAAACACAUAACUUUAGUGCCAAAAGAGAAAGUACAAGGUGGGAGUUGUGGCACAAGAGGAUUCAACUGUGGAUUACCAGGCCAGUGUCCCGUGUCCAGUGCUGGCUCGGGUCCAGGCUGCUCUGCUUCUGACCCAGCUUCCUGCUAACGCUCCUGGGAAGGCAGUGGAAGGUGGCUCAGGUACUUGGGCUCCUGCCACCUAUAUGGGAGACCCAGGUGGAGUUCCUGGCUCCUGGCUUCAGCCUGGCCCAGCCCCUGCUGUUGGGGCCGUGUGAGGAGUGAACCAGCAGAUGGAAGGUCUCUCCCUCUCUCUCUCUCUCUCUCUCUCUCUCUCUCUCUCUCUCUGUCACUCUGCCUUUCAAAUAAAUAUUCUUAAGUACUCUCACCCCAUCUUUGUUUUUAGAAGAUUCCUGGGGAUUAUCAUUUUAAAGUUAGUUUGUGCAGUUUAUCUAGGAACGAUGACAAGCGUAACCUGAUCCUUCUCCUUGUCCUUGAUUUCAGCCUAGAUCCCUUGGUCUGUUCAUAUGGUCGGCAGCGAUGCCUUUGUCAUCUAGAAAAUGAAAAAAAUCAUCUGAUCCUCAUGCUCACAGCUUUGCUUGCACCUGUCUUUCCUCUGGGACCCCCAGCUGACCCAGCUAGCCCAAGAAAGCCCCAGCCAGAGUCUCUUCCCCUUUAUCUCUUCCUGAAACUCCUCCACCCCUUCACUCUUGCAGAUUCUUGCUAAAAACGACCCUACCCAGAAAGGCUUCCCCGACCGCUCUGUGAUAAGUAGCACAUGGGCAUCAUAGCUCCAGGACCUUGAACUCACAACUCAGUCUUUCUUUGGCUCAUGCUCUGGACUUGCACAGGUCUUGCUCCAUGAGGGUGGCAGCUCCAUCUUUGCACACCUGCCAGGACCCAACCCUCUGGGUUCAUUCAUGCUCCGUCCUCACUCCUCUUCAUGUUACAGAACACUCUGCUGGGCAGCCUUGUGGUCUUCGCCAGCCUCUUGGUGUUGUGCAACACGCAGUGCUAUGUCGAACUCUAUGACAAGAACCCGGAGGAUCCCCCUGAUGAAUGCAGGGACCUUGAUGGAGUCACACACAAGCUGAACGUGGAGUGGAAGACUGAGAACUGUUGCACAUGUAGUUGUGAUGAGACUGGAAUUCAUUGCUGCAACACUGCUGCCAUCCCCGGAGGUUUUGAUACCACAAAGUGCAAGACGAUCUUCCACAAGGACACUUGCAGCUACUCCGUGGUGGAGCUGGAGAACCCGGACAAGGAAUGUCCAGUCAGCUCGUGGAUCCUGUGAAGAGCUAGCGGGCCCAGGUCCUCCCGCGGGCCCGGACAGCCCGAUGUACAGCCCUGCUUAUCAGUAAAGCAUGUGUGGAGCAAU